AUGAACUCACAUGUUUGCAAUUCAUUGAGGUUACAAGUCAUUGUAACCAAGGCAGGUCCAGUUCGGCCUCCCCCUCACUCAGACAGGUCCAGUUUAGCCUCCCUCUCGCUCAGACAGGUCCAGGUCGGCUUCCCCCUUGCUCAGACAGGUCCAGGUCGGCUUCCCCCUCCCUCCAGACAGGUCCAGGUCGGCUUCCCCCUCCCUCCAGACAGGUCCAGGUCGGCCUCCCCCUCGCUCCAGACAGGUCCAGGUCGGCCUCCCCCUCACUCCAGACAGGUCCAGGUCGGCCUCCCCCUCGCUCCAGACAGGUCCAGGUCGGCCUCCCCCUCAAUUGGUCAGGAUAAUAGGAACCUGAUCUACCCCUCCUUCACUCAGGAUAGUAGGAACCUGCCUCCCCCCUCGGCCAUGCAAGUUGCAGCCCCCCACCCUCGGCCAUGCAAUUUGGUGCUCAGGCCUCCACCUCACUCAGACUAUGUGGCAUUAAACAGGUGUAUCAGUCAUUUGCCUGUGUUUCACCUGUUAACAGAGACAUUUCUUCAUAGGAUUUCUCUGCCCUCCCUCUCUCCCAACGCAUUUUCCCCUCUGCUUUCCCCCUGCCUUUCCCCCCUUUCCCCUGCUUUUGUUUCCCCUCUGCUUUCCCCCUGCUCGUUUCCCCUCUGCUUUCCCCUGCUCGUUUCCCCUCUGCUUUCCCCCUGCUCAUUUCCCCCUCUGCUUUCCCCCUGCUCAUUUCCUCCUCUGCUUCCCCUCUGCUCAUUUCACCCCUUUACCUCCCAUCUGCUUGUUUCACCCCUUUACCUCCCAUCUGCUUGUUUCACCCCUUUACCUCCCAUCUGCUUGUUUCACCCCUUUACCUCCCAUCUGCUUGUUUCACCCUUUUACCUCCCAUCCACUUGUUCCCCCCUUUACCUAGUUUCCACUCAUUUCCCCCUCUACCUAGUCUCCGCUCGUUUCCCCCCUCUACCUAGUCUCCGCUCGUUUCCCCCCCUCUACCUAGUCUCCCAUCUAGUCUCCUCGUUCCCCCCCUACCUAGUCUCCGCUCGUUUCCCCCUAUACCUCUACACCAAUCUUCUCUCCCCUGCUCAUUUCCCCCUCCGUCUUCUCUCCCCCCUGCUCAUUUCCCCCCUCCGUCUUCUCUCCCCCCUGCUCAUUUCCUCCCCUCCGUUUCUCUCCCCUCUCAUUUCCCCCCUCCGUCUUCUCUCCCCUGCUCAUUUCCCCCCUCCGUCUUCUCUCCCAUCAUUUCCCCCUCCGUCUUCUCUCCCCUUGCUCAUUUUCCCCUCCGUCUUCUCUCCCCUGCUCAUUUUUCCCCCUCCGUCUUCUCUCCCCUGCUCAUUUCCCCCCUCCGUCUUCUCUCCCCCUGCUCAUUUCCUCCCUCCGUCUUCUCUCCCCUGCUCAUUUCCCCCCCUCCGUCUUCUCUCCCCUGCUCAUUUCCCCCCUCCGUCUUCUCUCCCUUGCUCAUUUCCCCCCUCCGUCUUCUCUCCCCUUGCUCAUUUCCCCCCUCCGUCUUCUCUCCCCUGCUCAUUUCCCCCCUCCGUCUUCUCUCCCCUGCUCAUUUCCCCCCUCCGUCUUCUCUCCCCCUGCUCAUUCCUCCCUCCGUCUUCUCCCCCCUGCUCAUUUCCCCCUCCGUCUUCUCCCCCCUGCUCAUUUCCCCCCUCCGUCUUCUCUCCCCUGCUCAUUUCCCCCUCCGUCUUCUCUCCCCCUGCUCAUUUCCCCUCCGUCUUCUCUCCCCCUGUCAUUUCCCCCCGUCUUCUUCUCUCCCCCUGCUCAUUUCCCCCUCCUUCUCUCCCCUGCUCAUUUCCCCCUCCGUCUUCUCUCCCCUUGCUCAUUUCCCCCCCUCCCUUCUCUCCCCUUGCUCAUUUCCCCCCCUCCGUCUUCUCUCCCCCCCUGCUCAUUUCCCCCUCCGUCUUCUCUCCCCUGCUCAUUUCCCCUCCGUCUUCUCUCCCCUGCUCAUUUCCCCCCUCCGUCUUCUCUCCCCCUGCUCAUUUCCCCCUCCGUCUUCUCUCCCCUUGCUCAUUUCCCCCUCCGUCUUCUCUCCCCUUGCUCAUUUCCCCCUCCGUCUUCUCUCCCCUGCUCAUUUCCCCCCUCCGUCUUCUCCCCUCUUCUCAUUUCCCUCUCCUUCCUUCUGCUCAUUUUCUCCUCUAUCUUCUCCUCUCCACUCAUGUCCUUAUUCGCUUGGUAAGUCUUGCAUUAAUUCCUGACUACAUUCAUCCUGAUUUUUGA